AUGACGGGCGCAGAACUGGCGAACAAGAAGAGCCGUGCCCAAUCCAAGCUGGAAAAGGUGUGCAUGUUGCUCUCGGACGCGGUCCGAUCCCUUCACUUGGACGAGCGCGUCACGCAAGUGGGUUUCACGGUGGCGGACGCAGCCAACACGGAGGGCGCUUUCCGCGGAAAGGCGGAGAAUACUCUGGUGGGCGCGAUCUUGUACCUGUCAUGUAAACAUUGUGGGGUGCUGAAAAGUAUCGCGGAGGUCUGUGCCCAGCUGGGGUUGAACAAGUUCGAUGUGGGCCGGGUCAUCAACGAUAUCUCGCGGAAGGUCAAGUCUCUGGAGGCGGUGGUCUUCUCCCCCGAAGACGUGGUCGACAAAUACGGGGGACAGCUGCGCUUGCCCCUAGGUUUGCGUGCGGCCGCGGUAGAGGUGAUGAAAGCCGCGAAAGAGAUGCCCGGACUGGAAGGGUUACAUCCGCAAUCUUUAGCAGGUGCGGCACUUCUCCUUUUGAGCAACACCAAGGUGGCUCCCCAUCUUGUCCUAAAUUCAGCAGCUGAGGAGAAAGGCAUGAUGAAAAUUGAGGUCAAAGACGAGGAUCUUGCGAGCCAAGCGCUUCCUGGGCUCUUCCCGCCCCCUCAACGAUCACUGGAAGACGUGACAGGCGCGACCCUCAUGUCUACCGGGACGAUCAAGCGGGCGCAUUCCUUGCUGUACGAGCAUCGAGAAAAACUGGUGCCGGUUGCAUACGCAGCUCAAAUGUUUAGCCAUCGCUUAGAGUUGCGGGCAACUUCGGAGCUCAAGUGA